UCGUAUAUAGUGGAGUGCACUGGUAAUUUCUUCAUGCCCAGCGGGAACUGGGUAUUGGUUUCUGCCAGUUUCAACUUCCAUAUCUCUCAAGUUCCUAAGCUAAUGAGGCAUAUAAUCAGACUCCAUUUCUUGUGUUCAAACUCAAGCUAUAAGCUUUUUAAAUCUCAAAUUUCCCGCCUUUCAAGCCUCCCUAAAUCCCAUUCGAAAAAAAUCCAAGAACCCGAAUUGCAAGCCCAUGCAGAAAAUUCUCUCUUCAGGGAGAUCACUGAAAUUUUGGGAGCUCAUAAUGUAAUUCCUGAUAAAUCCCUAUCUGGGAUCAUAACAACGAAAGAAACCCACGGGAUAAAUGAUGAGUUAAAUGAAGAAUUGAUGGUUCACACACAAGGUGUUCGUGGAAAUGUUGAGCUCAACAACGUGUUGCAAGAGAAGCAGAUUUUCUCGGCUUUGGAUGAAAUUGAUGUUAGCCCUGUAGUAGAUGAUAUCACUGGGAUUGUUCGUGCUGAAAAUGCCAUGGUUUCAAUGGAGGAGAGGUUAGAGAGUCUGGAGUUUCAGUUUGAACCGGAGAUUGUUGAGAAAGUUUUGAAGAGAUGCUUUAAAGUUCCACAUUUAGCUUUCAGCUUUUUCAAUUGGGUGAGGAUGAAAGAUGGGUUUUUUCAUACGACCAAGACUUAUAAUACCAUGUUAUAUAUAGCUGGAGAAGCGAAAGAAUUUAAGGUGGUGGAUGAUUUGGUGGAGGAAAUGGAGAAGAACUCAUGCGAGAAGGAUAUUAAAACUUGGGACAUUCUUAUCUCACAGUUUGGGAAGGCAAAAUUAAUAGGCAAAGCCUUGUUCUUCUUUGAGGAGAUGAAGAAAUCCAAGUGUAAACCUGAUGAAAAAAUUUACAAAAUGAUGGUGCGUUCUCUAUGUAAUGAUGGAAAAGUUGAGAUUGCAUUGGAACUUUACAAGGAGAUGACACAAAGGGAUAUGAGAUUGGAUUUAACUUUGUACAAAAUUUUAUUGAAUAGCAUGGCAAAGUCAGGAAAUGUUAGUGCUGUAAACUUGGUUGCUGAUGACAUGAAUAGGCUUUCCCAGAUCCCAAAGUCCGAUGUUCAUGUUUGUGUUCUGAAGAGUUUUUGUGUGGCUGGGAGAAUUAGAGAAGCCUUAUCAUUGAUUCGUGACCUCAAGAAUAAAGAGAUACCACUUAACUAUGAAUAUUUUGAGAUUUUAGUGAAAGGACUGUGCAGAGCUGGUAAUAUUGCAGAUGCUAUGGAAAUUGUUGAAAUUAUGAAGAAAAAAAAUGCUGUUGAUGCACAGGUUUAUGGGAUUAUCAUCAAUGGAUACCUGAGGAUAAAAGAGCUUUCUAAGGCGCUAGAGCUGUUUCAAAGCAUGAAAGAAUCGGGAUACCAACCAACUGCUUCCACCUAUACAGAAUUUAUGCAACACAUGUUCAAUUUGAAUCAGUAUCAAAAAGGAUAUGAGCUAUACAAUGAGAUGCUGGAAAGAGGAAUUGAGGCGGAUGGUGUAGCAAUUAUGGCGAUUGUUGCAGGUCAUGUUCGCCAAAAUAAAAUAUCAGAAGCAUGGGAAGCAUUCAAUACCAUGGAAGAUAAGGGAAUCAAUCCCAAUUGGAAAUCUUAUUCCAUAUUCAUUAAGGAGCUCUGCAAAGUUUCAAGAACAGAUGAGAUUUUGAAGGUUCUGUACAAAAUGCAGGGUUCCAAGAUAUUCAUUAAUAAUGAAUUAUUUAAGUGGGUUAUAGUUUGUAUGGAGAAGAAUGGAGAAAAGGACAAUAUUCAAAAAGUGAAGCAGAUGCAAAGAAUUUGUAGACUUCAUUAUAUACAAGACGAGGCAUCUAGGGAACAGGAGCUCAAGGUAGAACAUAACCAUAACCAAUCGGAGUGUGGAAUGAUAGAUCAAUCAGAGCAAGGGAUGAUAGAUUGUCACUUGUUGAAGCCACUUUCAAAGGGUUAUAACGAGCAAGAUUUGCAAGAAAUAAGUUGGAUAUUGUCAUCCUCAGACAAUUGGUGCACAAUGAGAGAAGCUUUGGAGAAAUGCACUGUUCAUUUCACACCAGAAUUGGUUGUGGAGAUGUUGCAUAAUUACUGCAUACAUGGCAAUGCUGUAUUACAUUUUUUUUCAUGGGUAGGAUUGCAAACUGGUUAUCGCCACACGACAGAAACAUACAACAUGGCUAUGAAAAUUUCUGGAAGGGGGAAAGAUUUCAAGCACAUGAGAAGCCUUUUUUAUGAGAUGAGAAGAAAGGGUUGCUUGAUAACACCAGACACAUGGGCAAUCAUGAUAAUACAAUACGGUCGAACAGGUCUAACAGAGAUUGCUUUAAAGAUUUUCAAUGAGAUGAAAGAUAAUGGUUAUAAUCCAACUGGCAGUACCUACAAGUAUUUGAUCAUCAGUCUUUGUGGGAGAAAAGGUAGAAAGAUAGAUGAAGCUAUUAAAAUAUUCCAGGAGAUGAUUCGUGCUGGACACAUCCCUGACAGAGAAGUAGUUGAAAGUUAUCUCUGUUGUUUAUGUGAAGCUGGGAAACUGUCAGAAGCCAGAAGGAGCGUAGAUUCUCUUUGUAAGGCUGGUUUCACUAUUCCUCUUAGUUAUUCUCUGCACAUUAGGGCGCUUUGUCGAGCAGGAAGAUUGGAAGAAGCUUUAUCAUUGCUAGAUGAGGUUGGGGCAGAACGAUCUACAUUGGAUCAGUAUACUUAUGGAACCAUUGUUCAUGGAUUACUACGAAAGGGACGGCAAGAAGAGGCAUUGGCCAAGGUGGAUUCCAUGAAACAGACAGGCAUUCAACCAACUGUCCAUGUUUAUACCUCCUUAAUAGUUCAUUUUUUUAAGGAGAAGCAGAUGGAAAAGGCUAUUAAAUUUUUCAAGAAAAUGCAAGAAGAGGGCUGCAAACCGACAAUUGUUACAUAUUCAGCAUUGAUUCGUGGAUACAUGAACAUGGGGAGAGUUGGUGAUGCUUGGAAUGUGUUCAAUCAUAUGAAAUUGGAAGGACCUGCACCUGAUUUCAAGACUUACUCAAUGUUCAUUAGUUGUCUCUGUAGGGCAGGUAAAUCAGAAGAAGCCCUGCAGCUUAUAACCCAAAUGUUGGAUGAAAGGAUUGUUCCAAGUACUAUAAAUUUUAGAACUGUUUUCUUUGGGCUAAACAGAGAAGGUAAACAUGAUUUAGCUCAGACUGUAUUGAAACAAAAGUUGGCUUUAAGGAGCAAACGCAAGUUCUUAACAUAAUUAAUUUCUUUUCUCA